AUGCCUGUUGGCCGGCAAGUGGAUCGAGUGGCUCAGCCCACGGCGAAGAAAAGGAGGAAGUCGACACAUGAACAGCGGGAUGUGAUGGAGGAUCUCAUUGGUCGUAAACUAAUGAUGAGGAGGGGCAACGGACUCCACAACGGGUUCAUACGAGGGGUAGUGAUCUAUGAAAGGGAGCGUCUACUAGAUGUCAUAUGGGAUGACGGUGAUAUCGAGUUCAUGCCUGACUACAUAGCAAGGGGAAACCUCCUACCCGGGUCCCCCUCUGAGGGUAGCCCAGCUGCUGAUACAGAGGGACAGCCGACCACUGCGGGGGGCAAGAGUACUCGGACUACCUCGACUGGCGUCAACAAGAUACAGGUGGAGUCCAAGCAUGAAAGCGUUGAUCUAGCGCCAAAACAUUCUAGUGCGCAAUCUGGGGAUGGGACAGCAUCAUCUACUCUUCAACCGAGCACAACGAGUAAGUCGGCAGGGACGGGAGGGAAGAUGGUCGUCGUCAAGACUCGGCAUAAGGGUCGGAAGGCGACGGCAGCAUCCGAGUGCCUCCUGCCUGAGCUCUACAUCACUCGUGAGACCAGGGAGCUCACCACCGAUUUGCCACACAAUCACGAGGGACAACGGUCAUGGCUAUCGGACGACGAGGAUACAAUCCUUGCCCUAAGACGAAUAGUCCAGGACAGUUCACUGGACCAUCCAGAGCUUUGGUCAGCAGUUCUUAGAGGGUUGCUGCGGUUGGCCCUAGCCUCCCAAGAGAUGACCUAUGAGGAAUACUCCUGCAUCCGAAAGCUACAGGAUAUCAUGAGCAUGUCACCGAUCGAGGAGCUCCUCAAUACUUCAACUGAGUUAUUGACAUCAGUACAAUACUUAUGCACUAUCGCCAUCGACGUUGCAGCACUGACAAAUGCUAGUGUGAAGUUCUCGUUAUAUGAUGAGCUAGGCUAUGGUGACUACCUUUUGGAUGGGAUGCCGAGGGCUGGCGACAAGGGUGCUACUCUGUGGUUUGAUGGCCCACAAGGGUUCACUACGCAAGAGGUCUGCCGAGCAUUCGAACAGAGGUUGGGGACUGGCCAUGAGGAUGGUGAUGAUGCUGUCGUCUCGCCGACCAGCAGGCCUGGAGGCCCGGACUUAAUCCUAGGGAGAGUGUUGGAGGGUCUGCCAGUGGAUGAGACCUUCAAGCCACUACCUGCCCUUAGCAGUAGCCCAACUAAGCUUGAGGAUCCUUCUGGGCCGCUAGAGUACACCUUAGUGGUUGACUCCUGCCAAGAUGCUACCCUUCGACGGUACAUCCGGAGGAGCCAUGACUUCAUGCCAUCAAUCGAAGGGCACACCGUCGAGCAUUCCAUAGGGGAGCUACAGAAGUUCGUCGAGCGGAAGACGGCGCCACGGCGCUACACGGAUGCUGGGCCGUUAGUCGACCCGGAGGCCUAUCUAAGGGAUAUUGCCAUCACCAAUGGGGGUAUCGUCAAUAUUAGCAGUGUUACGGCUGGUAAGGGGAAGCAAGAGUUGGGUCAGAUCCGACAAGAUGGUGGUCUGUACUACAAUAGUAUUCUCAUACGGGAUCGCUUAUACUAUAGCGAUGCAUCAUCUGAUGAUGAUGACGACCAAGACUCAGAGGAUGGUGUAUCCCAGAAUGGUCAACCCUUGAUUGUGAAUGAUGAUGAGGACGACGAGGAAGAUGAGGACGAUUCGGAUUUCGAAGGGAGUAGCAGCUCUGAUAAGAGUCAGGCUGAUGGUGACGAGACUGCUACACAUAAAGUCCUGGAAACUGUCCUUCCCAUUUUCUGGGAUCCCAGUCUUGGAGAUACACCAUCAUCGACACCGAGCCCACCAGAAACCUCUCCAGACAUCUUGGAGGGAAUACAAGAUACCUGUAAGCAUCCAUUGGAUAGGCUCAUCAUAGAAGCUGGCAAGGCCACAUCAGAGCGGUCAAUCGAUCUUGAUAAGCAUUUUGAGUUCAUCACAAGGAUCGGCAGAGGCUCAUUCGGCGAGGUGUGGCGUGUCAAGCUGAUCCCUAAUCCUGAGGACUAUAGUGAGUGUGGCGCACUGUUGGCCCAUCCUAGUAGUAGCGAUGAAUACGCUUUGAAGAUGGUCCCAGAGGCCCAUAUAGAUGAGGAGGAAGGGGAGCUCCUGCGCACAUACUGUUCCGCUGGCCAUCCCUGCAUCACGGAGGUCCUCGCAAUAUUCUAUGCUCAUCAAAGGCUCCCAUCGCGGCGGAGAGGAAGCCAUCAUAUCGAGCGCUCUUGGUGUUGUCUUAUGACCGUUGAGGAUACCAGUCUUGAGGUCCUACUCGACUCGAGAGACAAAUACGUGCGGCGACGCCUUGCAGCAUCACCGGCCGAGAUAUGCCCCAACGAUGAAGCAUCCUUUGACGAUGUGCCUGUCCUAUUGGACCUGCGAUUCACAUUCCGUCUCCUUAUCGACACUGCCUUUGCUAUGAUGUUCCUCCAUACUACCACCAAUAACAGGACCUACGUCCUUCAUCGAGACCUCAAGCCUGCCAAUAUACUCCUAACCAAACUCAACGCCAAUGAGAGUAUUUUAUACAGAGCUCGUCUCACUGACUUUGGAGUGGCCCGGGCCAACCCUGGACAAGAUACCAACAUGACCAUCGGUCUCGGCACAGAAGGUUACAUAGCUCCCGAACAGCACAGCAUUGAGUACGAUAGGCCCGCGGACGUGUGGAGCUUCGGCGUUACUGUGGCAAGGAUAUGCGGAUUGGAUUCGUGGAAGGACGUGGCGGCCGUCUCGACGCGCCCCACAACUACUAAUCAACAGCAUAACCCGACCAAACUAGCUGAACCAGUUGUGAAGUUCCCUCCAACCGCUGACCCCUUCUUGUGCAAUCUCUGUCUACAGUGUAUAAGCAGACAGCCGUUACAGCGACCGACAUUCCGGGACAUCUACCGAGCCCUCCUUACUGAGUACGUCAAACGUGAAUUAUGUAUACUGCCAUCACCCACUAGUGUUUGAAUAUU